AUGACUUCUCCUCCGCCUCCUGACGACGAUGCGUGGAUCCGUUCUUAUCACCGAUUGCUUCCCCAAUCGCAAUCUCUUCUCUCUUCCCACCGGUCAGUAAUUCCGGUUGCAAUCUCUAGAGUGAAUCAGUUUGACGCUGCACGACUUGAUGUUGAAAUGUCCGCCAUGUUGAAGGAACAGCUUGUUAAGGUUUUCACCUUGAUGAAGCCAGGAAUGCUCUUUCAAUACGAACCAGAGCUCGAUGCUUUCCUCGAGUUUCUCAUUUGGAGAUUCUCUAUUUGGGUUGACAAACCCACCCCCGGAAAUGCUCUCAUGAAUCUAAGAUACAGAGACGAACGAGUAGCAGAACAACUCGGGAAAGUCAGAACAGGACUGGAAGGCCCUGGACUUACUGCUCCUCAAAAGAUUUGCUACUGCCUUGCCUCCGUUGGUGGUCAGUACCUCUUCUCCCGUUUGCAGUCCUUCUCUGCUUUCCGUAGAUGGGGUGAUUCUGAGCAGAGACCAUUGACGAGGCGACUUUGGACCGUCAUACAACGAAUCGAAGGCAUCUACAAAGCUGCUUCUUUUCUUAACCUGUUGUCAUUUCUUUAUACGGGAAGGUAUAGGAACCUCAUUGAAAAAGCUUUAAGUGCUAGGCUGGUCUAUAGGAGUCCCCAUAUGAACCGAUCUGUCAGCUUCGAGUACAUGAACCGCCAACUUGUCUGGAAUGAAUUUUCGGAAAUGCUUUUGUUACUUCUUCCGCUGCUCAACUCUUCAGCUGUUAAGAGUAUUCUUAGUCCAUUUGCCAAGGACAAGUCCUCAAGCACUAAAGAGGAUACAGUGACUUGCCCCAUUUGCCAACUAGAUCCUGCAAUUCCGUUUAUUGCUCUGCCUUGCCAGCACAGGUACUGUUACUACUGCAUAAGGACCCGCUGCACUUCAGCAGCAUCGUUCCGGUGUCUUAGAUGUAAUGAGCCCGUGGUGGCCAUACAACGGGAAGGUGUACCAAGUGGCAAAUGA